AUGGAGGAGAUCUUAGCUGGGUUGCAUGCAAGUGGGGUUCGAUAUUUGUUGGUUUCACGCGGUGUGCAUUUUGCUUCCGGUUACAUACAUGGUGAUGAUUGUGGUGACUAUGGAUUUUUGACUCACUGCGGGUGGAAUUCGGUAAUGGAAUCGCUAUAUGCGGGAGUACCCAUGCUUACAUUUCCAAUAUCUUUUGAUCAAAUUCCAUACAGAAAACUUAUUGUAGACGAUUUGAGAGUUGGAAUGAAAUUUACCAAGGAAUUUGGAGAAAAAGCAUUGGUUAAAAGGGAUGAAGUUGAAAAGAUAGUGAAGAAGUUCAUGGACAUAAAUAAAGAAGCAGAAAAAGAUGCAGUUAACAAUGAAGCUAAGGAAAUGAAAAGAAGAUCAAGUGAAGUCAAGGAGAUGUGUAGAAGGGCACUGGAAAAAGGUGGUUCAUACGACACCAACCUCGACGCUUUUAUCAAAGACAUCCUCCAUUUCCCUGGUAAUUAA